GAGAAUUGUAGUGUGAACAUUUGCUUAUGUGCAGAACAAGUCUUUUCCAGUACAGUUAGUACUCUUGUCUACACUACUGUUGGUCUUAGUGGAGCCAUGUCAGGCUCCAGAAAGGACUUUGAUGUGAAGCAGAUCCUGCGAAUUAGAUGGAGGUGGUUCAGCCAUCCCACGUCCCCCCCUCCAGCCAGUGCAGGAGAAAGCCAACAGUUAGGGGAAUUUUGCAAUACUGGGGCAGUGGGGAGUCCCUCUGACAACAGUAACAACAGCAGUGGAAGCAGCAACAGCAGCAGAAAGUUUUUGGACCAGGGGAAUCUACCUGUCCCCUUGGCAUCAAUUGGCUGGCCUCGCUUAUCCCGACCUGAUGACUGCUUGAGCUCACCCUUUUGGCCGACCUCUUAUCCCCCUGACCCCUCUACAUUUAAAGUAACGGAGGCCUGUGAGGGAGCACGUGCACUGGAUGUGAACGAAGCCGAUGAAGCAGGAGGGAGUGAGGAAGAGAACGAAUCGGACACCAGUUCUUGCAGGACAUCCAAUAGCACCCAGACCCUGUCCUCAUGUCAGACCAUGGAGACAUGUGCCUCUGAUGAAUACUUUCAAGCUUUAAACCAUGCAGAACAGACCUUCAAGAAGAUGGAGAACUAUCUGAAACACAAGCAACUGUGUGAUGUAGUUCUGGUGGUUGGAGACCGAAAAAUCCCAGCUCACAGGUUGGUCCUAUCUUCUGUUUCCGACUACUUUGCUGCUAUGUUCACCAGUGAUGUGCGUGAGGCAAAGCAGGAAGAAAUUAAGAUGGAAGGUGUGGAUCCUAAUGCUCUGUGGGCUCUUGUACAAUAUGCCUAUACAGGUCGCCUGGAGCUGAAGGAAGAGAACAUAGAGAGCUUGCUUUCAGCAGCCUGCCUCCUCCAGCUGUCCCAAGUUGUGCAGGCGUGCUGCAGAUUCUUGAUGAAGCAACUGCAUCCUUCAAACUGCCUUGGAAUUCGCUCUUUUGCUGAUGCACAGGGCUGCACAGACUUGCACAAAGUGGCUCACAAUUACACUAUGGAGCAUUUCAUGGAAGUGAUAAGAAACCAGGAGUUCCUCCUUCUGCCAUCCUCUGAAAUUUUGAAACUUUUGUCUUCUGAUGAUAUGAACAUUCCCAAUGAAGAGACCAUCCUAAAUGCACUGUUGAGUUGGGUUCGAUAUGAAAUGGCGACCCGGCAGAAAGAAAUGAGCAAACUCCUGGCAUUCAUUAGAUUGCCACUUUUAUCCCCACAGUGUCUGGCAGAUAUGGAAAACAACCCACUGUUUAGAGAUGAUAUUGAAUGUCACAAACUUAUUAUGGAGGCCAUGAAAUACCAUCUUCUUCCAGAACGUCGCCCUAUGCUUCAAAGUCCCAGAACGAAACCCAGGAAAUCUACAGUGGGGGUCCUAUUUGCAGUUGGGGGUAUGGAUGCUACUAAAGGUGCCACAAGCAUCGAAAAGUAUGAUCUUCGUACAAACACAUGGACCCAUGUAGCCAACAUGAAUGGCCGACGGCUACAGUUUGGCGUCUCUGUGUUGGAAGAUAAACUGUAUGUUGUAGGAGGAAGAGAUGGGUUGAAAACACUUAAUACAGUAGAGUGCUACAAUCCAAAAACCAAAACCUGGAGUGUGAUGCCGCCAAUGUCAACACACAGACAUGGACUUGGUGUGGCUGUCUUGGAGGGGCCGAUGUAUGCAGUAGGAGGCCAUGAUGGUUGGAGUUACCUGAAUACUGUGGAAAGGUGGGAUCCUCAAGCACGCCAGUGGAGUUUUGUGGCAUGCAUGUCAAUUCCAAGAAGUACAGUUGGUGUAGCUGUGCUUAAUGGCAAGUUGUAUGCUGUAGGUGGUCGGGAUGGAAGCUCAUGCCUGAAAUCAGUGGAAUGCUUUGACCCCCAUACAAACAAGUGGAUCCCUUGUGCACAAAUGGCAAAGAGAAGGGGAGGUGUGGGAGUAGCAACCUGGAAUGGUUUUCUUUAUGCUAUUGGCGGACAUGACGCUCCAGCUUCCAGUCUAACAUCAAGACUUUCAGAUUGUGUGGAGAGGUAUGACCCAAAGACAGAUACGUGGACAGCAGUCGCUCCAAUGAGCAUUAGCAGAGAUGCUGUGGGUGUGUGUCUGAUGGGCGAUCGCCUCUAUGCUGUUGGAGGAUAUGAUGGACAAGUAUACUUAAAUGCUGUUGAAGCGUAUGACCCUCAGACCAAUGAGUGGACACAGGUUGCACCCUUGUGCCUUGGAAGGGCCGGAGCUUGUGUCGUGGCAGUAAAACUAUAAGCCUGCAGUCAUUUUGGAAUAAGCUGUCCUUAAUAAUCUUAUUGAGCCUCAUUCCGUUUGCUUGUGUGUAUCCCCAAGGAGUCGUGUUUAUAAGCUCACAUUAUGAGGAAAAACAAAUUCCUGAAAAUGAUCAUUUCUUUCUGCACUACAUUCAAAGUCUUUAAACGAUCUUGGGAUUUUGUUUUCACCGCGUGUGUACAAAGGGCUCUAAACUUGCUGGUUAAAUGCUUUGAUUUAUGAGAAAGCCUUUAUGAUUUUGAAUUGAUUUCAUACAAUUCCGUUUUUUUGCCUGCUAUCUCUAGUAGAAGCCAAAGGUCUUUUUUUUUUUUUUAUUUGCUUCUGGCCAUGUAUUAUAAAAUGUUGCUUUCACAUUUCUACUGUGUUAAAAAAAAUCAGAAAAUGUGAACUGUAAAGUCAAGUUGGUAGUUUGUGUAAGUAGUGGUGUAUCUUGGUUACAAGAUGGGAAAAGAAUAUCGUAACUACUUUAAAGAAAAAUUCAGCAUUGGUCGAUAUUUGUACAUUAUAAAGGCAUGUGUUUAUACUUAAAUUUGCACUUUAUUUGCUUUCAAAUAUGAGUGAAAUCUUUUUUAAAUCUUUUUGUAACGUACUUUCUGUUGUCAUGGAUUUUUUACUAGAGACAUUGUUGUUGGACUUGCAAUCACUCAAUGACACUUUUUUAAAUUAGUCAAUUAGAAAAAUACAAUGCAUACAUGUAUUUGCUUCUUUUGCAGGUUUUAUCAUAUCAAAAUCUUUGCAAUUCUCCACAACUCCAAUGUAAUUUAAAUUGCACUAUUUUCAUACUGCACAUUUGGAAAGUCUGACUGAGCACUGCUUACAUUCCCAAAAGUCACAGAGGUCUUUUCUAGCAUUCUUAGAUAGAAUUCACUAUGCACACUAUGAAUGGUUCAUGGGUAGAAAAUACAAUCACAGUAUGACAAAGUUUGGGAACCUCUCUUAAUUCUUUGGAUUUUUGUUUCUCAUUGGCUGAGCUUUCAAAGUAGCAACUUCCU